AAUCACUCACAAAUAUAACACACGUAGCUGUAUCUUAUUCAAUUCAAACACAAAAAAAAAAAAAAAAAAAAAAAAGAACAAAAGCUAUUAAAAUCCCAACACAACAACAAUUCUUCUCCUUCACCCAAACACUCUCACAACAUCAUCAACAUUCAAACAUGAAUCUCAAUUUCUCCAAAAAACCAAAACUCCAUCAAACCCAACAGCACUAACAAAAACAAAACAAAAAAACAUGUUUCCUCACAAAUUCAUAUUCCUAAUCCUCCUUACACCCUUAAUCUCCUUCGUAAUUCGUUGGUUAUUAUUCAAAACCGGAUUAAUAUACGCUACAAAAAAACUCCAAACAAAAUUACAAGAUUAUUUCUACGUUUAUCAAUACCUUAAAGUCCCAGAAUUAAACCAAAACAACAUGCAAAGAAACGAGUUACAUCGUAAAGUUUCUCUUUAUUUACAUUCUCUACCUUCUCUUGAAGAUUCUGAUUUCACAAAUCUCAUUAGUAAUAACCAAAACGACAUCGUUUUAUCUCUUGAUUCUAACCAAACAAUUGAAGACCGGUUUCUCGGUGCAACGCUUUUUUGGUUUAAUCAAAAAACUGAACCGAACCGAACCGGUUCGUUUGUUCUGAAAAUUAGAAAAACCGAUAAACGAAGAAUUCUCAGUAGCUAUCUCCGCCACAUUCAUGAUUUCUCCGACGAGGUUGCGAAUAAAGGAAAACGUGAUUUACGGCUGUUUGUUAAUGUCACCGGCGGUAGUUACGGCGGUGAUUACGGCGGCGAAUGUGGAAUGAGGUGGAGAUCGGUUCCGUUUAAUCAUCCGGCGAAAUUUGAGACGAUGGCAAUGGAAAUAGAUCUGAAGAAGAAAAUCAAAACCGAUCUCGAAUCGUUUCUCAAAGCGAGGCAAUACUAUCGGAAAAUCGGUCGUGUGUGGAAACGGAGCUUCCUUUUGUACGGUCCUUCCGGUACCGGAAAAUCGAGCUUCGUUGCAGCGAUGGCGAAUUUUCUUUGUUACGAUGUUUACGACGUUGAUCUCUCGAAGAUUCGUAGUGAUUCAGAUCUGAAGUUACUGUUACUCGAAACGACGGCGAAAUCGGUUGUUGUUGUGGAGGAUCUUGAUCGGUUUUUAACGGAGGAAUCGGAGUCGCCGACGGUUACGGCGUCGGGAAUUCAGAAUUUUAUGGACGGAAUUCUCAGUUCGUGUUGUGGUGAAGAGAGAAUUAUGGUUUUCACGAUGAAUAGUAAGGAAUUUGUUGACCCGAUAUUUCUCCGGCCGGGUCGGGUCGAUGUUCAUAUACAUUUUCCAGUGUGUGAUUUCUCGUCGUUUAAGACUUUGGCGAAUAGUUAUCUUGGAGUUAAAGAUCAUAAGCUGUUUCCGAAGGUGGAGGAAAUUUUCCGGCAUGGCGCGAGUUUAAGUCCGGCUGAGAUUGGUGAGUUGAUGAUCGCGAAUCGGAACUCGCCGAGUCGGGCUAUAAAAUCCGUUAUCGGGGCGUUACAAAUGGACGGUGAUGGGAGAGGUGGUGGGGAUAUGAUCGUACGGGGGAUAGAAGACGAUGAAAGUGAUGGAUACUCUAAUGUUAAGGAUUUACGGAAGCUAUACGGUUUGUUUAGAUUAAGGAAUGUGAAAAGAAACCGCGUGUCUAAUCUUGAUCAUUAAAAAUGUCGGAUUCGAUCUCAAACUCAAGCAUUCUGAGUUCAGCUUGAGCAUACAACUGUGUUAAAAAUAUUGAUGCGUUAGAUAAACAUUCUCUAUAGUUGCAUUCAAAUGAUGGUCAUUUGAUAGUAUUCGUUGACUCAGACUAACUUUCUCUGCAGUUACAUUCAGAGAACGGUCAUUUCGCAUCGAAACAAAUUGUCAAUGAGAGAUGAUUAUUGGAAUUUUGUUCAUACAACAAAUUAGGUUAGAUACCAAUUAAAAGUGUUCAAAUUGGUCCUUUGGAA